CUGCGAGAUAAUAAAUUUCUGUUCGUUGAUGCCAUCCACUUGUGGUAUUUCUGUGACAGCAGCACUAAAUAACUAAGACAGUAAGUAAGGCUGGCACCUAUGGCCUUGAGGCCAUGUGGCUGCUGCACGGCCCCCGCUGCUACAGAAGCUUGAAAUUGGGACUGAGGAGCAACUUGGGGUGAUGGCAACAGGGCGAAGGAGGUAGGGGAGGCCCCAGGGGUCCCCCAGUGCCUUGGACAGAGGAUGAAGCUCUGCCCUUCAGCCUAGGUGGGAACCUGGCCUGAGCUGACACCAGCUUUGUUCUCUGGUCCCAUGGGCAGGCAGCUCCCCCGUCCCGCAAGGUCCCCAGCAUGGGCGAAGCAGGGCCAGUUGUGGGGCUCCUCUUAUCUGUCCCUUCCACCUGGUCACAAGGCAAACCUGCAUUGCACUCUGCAACCUUCACACUUGGAUUUUCAGAAGGAAAUGAUCUUAGAUCUUGAGUGAGAAUGUGCUGUCUGUCAAGGUGCUACUCUGCCACAAAGUUACAGCUGGGGGGUGUGUGGGUAACUUUGCUCUUUUAACUUUCCCAACGUGUAACUUACACAACGGUGACACAACCAGUCAGGCUGCACUGUCUCUUUAAAAUCAUUUUCCUGGGGUCGGUUCAGUUUACAAAGAAAUUCCUAAAACAGGAAGCUAGGGUGAAUUUCCAAACAGCAAGCAAAUUUGGGGCAGAAACAGGAACAGGUGUAUCUGCUAUGAGAUGCUCACCACCCGCCUGCUUCCUUCACGGGUGCGGGGGGGUCUGCAUCCUGCAGAUUAGCAUGUGCGGUGACUCAGCAGCAUCGGUACCGCGCUUUUGAGAAGUAAUUGAGUGGGCGCCAGGAGGUCCGGGGAAGUCUCCCAGGUCCUGGGGUUUGCAGAACAGCACCGGCAACUGCAGGGCCCCUCCACCGCUCGGCCCGGUGUCGGGUUACAUAACGGGCCGCUGGCCACCACCCAGCCCCAUGGUCGGACGCCGCUCCAGGGCCAAUGGCUGGCGGCACUGUCGCUCGGAGGCCGCGGGGCGGGGCGGUCACGUGUGUACACACGGCCUGGGCGGCGUGCCGUGAGCAGUGGAGAGUGCUGCAGCAGCGGAGCCCGACCUGUCGGCGCGCGGGGGGACGGCGACCGGGCGCUGCACCAAGAGCAGCUGGACCCAGCGCCAUGUGGGGCUGUGAUGCGCUCAAUGGGACGGUGGGUGGCUCUGACCUGCCUCUGUGCCGGGACCUGCCGCUGGCCCUGUGGGCACUCUCGCUGCUCUACCUGCUGGUGGGCCUCCCACUGGGUCUGGGCUACAACGCACUGCUGGUGCUCGCCAACCUGUACAGCCGGCGCAGCAUGAGCAUGCCCGACGUCUACUUCGUCAACAUGGCCGUGGCUGGGCUGGUCCUUGGUGCCCUGGCACCUGCCUACCUGCUGGGGCCGGCCCACGCGCGCUGGGCCCUGUGGCGGCUGAGCAGUGAGGCCCAGGUUACGCUGCUGACCCUGUUCCACGUGUCUGCCCUGGUGACCAUGUAUUCCACUGCGCUGCUCAGUCUCGACUGCUACAUAGAGCGGGCAUUGCCACGCACCUACAUGUCCAGCGUGUACAACACGCGGCACGUGUGUGGUUUUGUCUGGGGUGGUGCACUGCUCACCAGCUUCUCCUCCCUGCUCUUCCACAUCUGCAGCCACGUGUCCUCACGGCUUGCCGAGUGCGCCGAGAUGCGAAGCACUGAGGCUGCUGAUGCCAUCAUGGUGCUUGUUGGUUACGUGGUGCCCGCCCUAGCCGCCCUCUAUGCACUGGCACUCAUCGCCCGGCUGCGUAAGGAGGACACGCCUCUCAGCCGAGGUGAUGCGGGCAGGCUGGACUCCUCUAUGCACCGGCUGCUGGGGGUCACUGUGGGCACACAGCUUGGGCUCUGGACGCCAUACUAUGUGACCCUCCUGGGGCAGGUGCUCGUGGCCACGCGGGGGAGGCCUGUGGACGGGCACUACAUGGGGGUCCUGCCCCUCGCCAAGGAUGCUGCCCGGCUCCUGGCCUUCUCCAGCAGCUCGGUGAUGCCCCUGCUCUACCGCCACAUGGACAAGAGCUUCCCUAGUAAGCUCCGGCGGCUGGCCAAGAGGCUGCAGUGUGGGCCAAGGCACUGUGUCCAGGACCAAGGCGGCGUGCAGCAGGUGGAGGCCUAGCCCCUCCUGGGUGCGGUCCUUGAACACAGACGUAAACUAAGGCUGUGACUGGAACACUGCACUGGGUCACCUUUGGCGCUCCUGCCCUUGUCCCCAUGAAGACAGGCACCAACACCAAGAACAGCACAGGCGUGUUUGCUUGAAGUUCUGUGUUUUCCAGAAAGAGGCCUGUCUGAGGCCUAACAUGCAAAUAAGCUACCCUUGCGUUAGUGCCCACUCUCUGUGAGCUGUGUGUACUCCUUGCACACACCCCUGAGGCCCGAGCCUCCAGGAUGCACUUGCAUUCAGCCUUCUCAACAGGUGGCUUUUUAAAUGAAGUGAUGACACCUAAGCCAGUAUUUAUGCUUUGCUUGUUCGUAUUGUUCAAAUACUUGAUUCCCCUUCCUUUUUUCUGUUGUUGUUUUAUGAAAAGAUCUGUCCGCUAGGAAAAUCAUUAAGUAUUAAAAUGAAGGAGAUAAUACAGACAUGCGCAUAUCAGAAUGGGGUGGGUGGCCUACUAUGCUGCUUGUGCACGUUGUGAUGAGCCCAGGGCUGUGUGGGGACAGCACGGGGCCAGGCUGCUGGGAGCGUGCUUGUCACACAAGAUGGCACUGAAACAUUUCAAAACACACGAGGAACAACGGUCAGCUAUAGCUGACUUUCAGCAGCGGGAUAAUUAAGCAGCAGCAAGCUCACUCCUCACACAUAAAUGGCCUCGACGUCCCCUGACCCCUGCUGCUCCUACAGGUAGUGUCAGUCCUACAUCAUCCCCAAAAUGUGCCCAGAACUAAAGGAUAGAAACAUAUUGGAGAGGAAAGGCUGCUGGUCGUGAGGACGGGUUCCCUGGGCUGGCUGCCGGGGACCUGCAGCCUGCCUUGUUGGGGCUUCUGUGGUGCAUGUGCUGGGUAACCAAAGCCUGGCAACCUAAUUAGAGGCAGCUGCCUGGUCUGUCCUGGCCUUUAGGUAAAUGCAGGUGAGCUCAGAAAAGGGAAGCCAGAGACCUGUCACGCCCCCACCACCCAGCAGAGCCUGCACAGCCACCACCUAAAAUGCUGCCAGACCAACAUCUGCCCUCAGCUGAAUCCAGUCUAGGGUCUCGGUCCUCUGACCUUCCCCAACUUUAUAAACAUCUGCGUUAAACAUGUGGACGCGAAGGCAUCCCGUUCCCCCACCUGGUUCUUUAUGGUUAAGUUAUACCUAAGCCCACAACCCUCGGUCCUCAGUCCUAAAUCCCAGAAGUCUCUGAGGACAAGGGACAUUCCAUCGGUAGCAAACCUGGCAGAGGGCACGCACAGUCUGAGUUGGUCCUACACACUUAUGGGAUCAAUACUGAUGUGAUUAUAGGGUACAGCUGACACCACGGAGGGAGGAGUCUAUAACAUCCAACAUAUGCAACCUGCUACCUUCUGACAAUCUGAAAAAUGUGGCCUCCUGGUAUGUCUGGCCCCGAGGACAAUGGAGCACAGCUCUGCAGUGCGACAGCCACUCCCAGCAGGAACCCGCCCCUGGGCCCUCAUCUCUGGGGACCUUCAGCCCACGAGCCAAUGGCCAUUACUUUAUUACAUACGAAUUGCAUCCCUCCCAAU